AGUCGCUAAGAUACUUGUUCCUAGCCUCCAUGGAUCCUCUAGCUUUUGGUGAGCCGUGAAACCGUAAUUCCCAGGCAAAGGAGUCUUCUCUCCCGUGGCGUCUCUCAGCAUUAUCUCUUUGCAUGAAAGCGAAUGACUUCCCCAGCACGUGGAGCUCUUCUGGGGGGUCUGUCUGACUGUGUGUUAGAGCCUACUGCUUUUCUUCGGAGUACAGCAGCUGGAGAGGAAACUCACGCCCACCCAUUGUACCAGCGCAGCCUCCUGUUUUGAGGAGGGUUACGGUUCCCCCUUCUGCACCUUAUUCCUGUUUCUCUGUGCUUUAACAUGACCUUUUGCUAAAUAUACAGUGACCCAUUCUCAGCCUUGAUCUUUGUUCACCUCUUCUGAUUUCUCCAGCCCUAUCGUCGAUGCUUAGCUUUCAUUAAUAUAUUCACGGCAAUUAAUCUCACGCAGCCUUGGGAUUUGUACUUCGUGAGUCCUGCCCAGCUGAUCGAGGAGGAAGACAGCAUCCUGUCUGUGCCACUCUUCAGCUCUUCACAGCCUUUAGGGUCCAGCUCCAGCUCUGGACCCCCACCCUGCAAAAGGUGAGGAUAACUCCUGUGGCAGAAUCUCCUCCCAUGGCUGUAUCUUCAGUGCGGAAGCACUUUUGAGGAACUCUAGAGGGUUAAAACCAUGUUUCUGAAACCAGCCUAGGGGAAAGAAAAGUCACAUGCACAAGGGAGAUUUUGCAAGUUGGUGCUUGCAGCUUAGGGUAAUGGGAGGGAGCACGGGGCACAGGCUUUUUGCCUUGGGUGAGCUGUCUGGUUAGCCCGUGGUCCCCGGGAGAUGCAGGGAAGAAAGUGACUUUCUCCACGCAGGUUGGGGCUGUGGGACCGGAGACAUCCCUGCACAGUGGUGGGGCAGCCCAGCAUUUGCGCAGUGUGGAGUGGGAUGGUGGCAGAUAAAGGACAGUGAGGAGGAGGAGGAGGGAGCUGAGCUGGCUCCCCAGGACCAUGAAGUGAGCUGGACCAGGUAAGCCUCUGCCAGUUGCUGUGGAAAUGAAGCAGAAGGACUUGCUGAACGUUUCUCUGCUGUUUAGCUAGGGAUUGGAGGUGUCCUAAAAAGAAGGUUCAUAGGCUGAAGGAGGCAAAGUCACCAGAGCGAUGUCGGCAUUGCAUAAAGAAUAAGAAGAGAUGUAGAGAGACACAGAGCCUGGGGAGUGCAGGAGAUGAGAGGAUGCCCCUGGUGUCAGCACAGGAGGUGGCAGGGGAAGAUUUGGGGGGGACCCAUCUCCAAAACCAGGCAGUUGUUCUGCAGCAAAAGGCAAUGGAGCCAAACGUGGUCUAUGCUGCACAAAGAGGUAAAAGCAAAGCUGCUUUUGCCGACGAGUUUGUCCUGGCUGGGGAAGGCUGUUUCCCUCCUGCAGCUCCCCGACGGGCUGGGGAAGGCUGAGCUGCCCUCACCCUGCUGCACCAUUUGCUGUCAUCUCCUGGGGACUGUCCUCCAGAGACUCAAAAUUCUCGACAUGUAAGCCAGAGAGCCUUGAUUCACCUCUAACUUAACGUGACAGCAGCAACAGCAGGGUGGGAUUGAAGGCAAAAGGGGGAAAGGAGUGAGAAAAUUCACUGUCUGAAUCCACCUUUUGGUGCCAGGAGAUGUGCUCUGUAACACGUGGCUGCCCAUUCCUGGCAAAGAAAUCGCAGAGGAGAGCCACACUCAACGUACAGCAGAACUGCUCCAUACCUGCGCUGGUGAAAAGUGGGUGCUGUGCCCAUCCUGUGUAUGCACACACACACUGCACACCUCUUGUGCAAUGUGUACCAUGGCUUGAUUCCUUUAAGUGUGAGUUUCCAGCCCUCUGCAGGUUUUUUCUGCAAUCAGAAGAACUUUUCAUGUUGUUUCUCUUGCCUCAACUUCCUUUUUGACAGACCUUCAACUGGUGACUAUCCUGGCUUUGUGUAAGGGGGUAAUUGCAGCAACAACCAUCAGUCAAAAAUAAAGCAAUCCUCUCUGGAAGGAGAGCGGAUGAGCUCUGUGAGGUACUCUUACACCAAGAGACGGCAACAGGCUCCUGGUGCAAAAGUAAGACCAAGCGGAGGUUAAAAAGUGAAUGGUAGUUUUGGAGAGCCAGUGUGGAUGCAGCUGACCCACAGGAGUGGAAGAUAAUUGAAAAGUAAACUUCAGAGUCUUCCAAGCAUUUGCUUUAAUAACCACCCACAGGUCCUGGCAGUAGGUUAGAGACCUACGUCAGCAGCAUUUGCCUGGAAAAAUGGUGGGCAUGGUGCCUGCUGCGGGGACGUGCCCCGUCAGCUUCUUGCACUGCCCGCAGUGGAGAGGAGAGGGGAAAGGAAAGCAGAGACCCUCAAAGGCUUUGCUCCUGCUGGGUGAGAGCUCCUGCUUGCCUCUGCCUUCAGUGGAUACAUUUUUCUUCCUUAUCUGCACUGCUUCCUUCGUGUGGUGGGGAAUUACCCACGGUGUCAGUGAGUGGGGUGCAUCACUUCCAGGGAGGGACAUUUACACUGUCUCCACUUUCUUCUGAAAGCGCCUGUUGAAAGCAAUAGCAAAAAGCCUGUUGGCUUCACAAGGAGAAAUCCUGCCUAUUUCUUGACUAAUUGUUUACAAAAUAUGAAUAAUUAAGGAUGUCAGGAUAAUUUAAGGAAUAUUUAAGGAUAACUUUUCCACCUAUUAAUGAAAGAAAAAGGGUAAUUGCAGCAAAAGGCGAGCCUGUGCGUACUGCACUCAUAGCUGGCUAACACCUACUGGUGAUAACAUCCACAGGGAGCAGGGUCCAAAGAGCAGAGUACACCCAAGUAGUCUGUGCAGUUACCCUUUUUUUUGCUGUCUCUGCAAGAUCUGGGAUUUUCUUUUCCUCUUUUCAGGGCUAGAAAAUGCCUCCUUGCUCAUGGAAAGCAGGAUCUCGAAGAAGUCAUCGGAGGGAAUGUGAAUGAGGAUUUCACAAUCUGCUCCCCAAGAGGAGAGCAAGCCAGCUGCCUGCUGCCUUGGGGCUGAACCGGUGUUUCUUAGCAGUGAAAGAUAAGGCAGAUAUACAAAGUGCUGGAUUUCUGACAAUAUGACAUAGAGUCCCUCAAGGAGAGGCACCUUCAGCAUGGCCCAUAAAAGCCAAGCUGGUGGAAUUGAGAAAAACAGGUCGCUUUCCUCCAUCCUCUACUGUAAGAGUGAUUUAAAGGAAGGAUCCAUGCAGUGGGCGAAAGAACGCCCCAAUGGCCAGGUGCUCAUGGUGCUCAGCAUGGCCAACAACUGCUCAGCCACCUCCUUUGACAUGGAGCUUUGUGCAGAGAAAUUGAAGUCCCUUGGGGUUCAGGUGGCAGAGGACCAGUGGAGAAGGUUAAUCCAGGAUGCUGUCCUGAAGCCUGAAGUGAGACGGUACAUGUUCUACAACUCCAGGGCAUUCCAGAUAGCCAUCGCCGUGGUUUUCUACAUGUCUCUCUGGACAAACAUUUACUCCACAGUCCAGCUGUGUUCUUUUGGACGCUACUGGGAGGCCAGUGUGCUGGUGACCCUGGCUGCUGUAGCAGUCACUGUAGUUGUGAUACUGGUUAUCGAUUGUCGCCAGAGGAAGAUAAACGUGAAUACAGAUGUGAGGCUGGCAGCUGUCAAUGAAAUCUUUAUCAAACACGGUUUAAUAGUAGGGAUUACAGAUGCCCUGGAUGGGCCACACAACAUCCUACAACUGUGGUUCGUGCACUUCAGCCAGGAGCGCUGCCUCCAGUCCUUGGCAGCCCACGUCACGGACCUGCAGAGGACGCGAGAGUCAGGCUUGCAGCACAGCCUGGACCAGCUCUGUGUGGUUAUGGAGGCGGUGGUUCGGCCUGACCUGGGGAUGGAGGAGGAGGCUUUGCGUGAAGAGUCCCCUCUGUUAUCCAGUGGAGUGAACCCAAAUAAAAAGCCCGUGACAUGCAACGAGCUGGUCCACCUCGUUCCCAAGGGCCCACCAGAGGUGAUGGCCCAGCAGCUCCUGGUUAUCUUCAGCGGAUGCUACGUCCGGCUCCUGGUGACCGGCCGUCUCCCUCGGGCCGUGGCAGGGGGGCACCUGGAGCACAGCAGCGUGCCCUGUCUCUGCCAGUUCAUCAAGACCACCGCGCUCAACACACACCGGAGCUGGUUCAUGGGCAGGUGACCAGAGCGGGCUGGAAAAUGCUGAAAUAAAAGCUGCCCAUCCACAACAGUGUGAAGAAG